AUGGAUAUUUGGUACAGAUUACAGUGGACGGCGAAGAUAUCCGAUAUUCUUGGCUCAGAGUAUGGGUUCAUUGACGACUAUAGGACACGGGAGACAACUCUUCGAGACCUUUUGUCACAUAGAACAGGCCUGGCCAGCCCCGACAUAGGGUUCAUGGCUGGGUUCCCAUCAUCUAUAUCGAGGGAAGACUUGUGCAAACGUAUGAGGUAUCUCCCAGAGCAAAUCCCUUUCAGGGACUCCUUCAUCUACAACAAUUACAUGUACAUGUUACUUGGCCAUGUGGCAGAAAAGUUAGGUGGAGACACGUGGGAAAAUCUUGUGUCGUCACGAAUUUUCAUUCCCCUUGGAAUGAAGUCAACUAAAAUACUGAAAAAGACAUCAGACGUUCUUUCAAGUGAUAUGGCUCAUCCGUACAUAUACAAGGACGACAUGUUUGAAAACUCAACUUUAGAUAUUUAUGAACUGCACCCGGCGGAACCAGCAGGAGCAAUACUGUCGUCUGCGGAGGACAUGGUGCGCUAUUUUCAAUUUGUCCUGAAUAAUGGGAAUACAACGCCUGGGGACCAACUGACCGACCCAAAGCUCUUCAGUGAAGCUUUCUCAGCUGCCAUUCCAGUGAACAGAGAGAAGGUCACCGUGUCCAAACCCACAUUCCCCAUAUCUGACGUGCAAGUCGGAUAUGGAUCCGCAUGGUGUGAGAGUAGCUACGAUGGUUAUCGAGCGGUUUGGCACAGUGGAGCAUUGUGGUCUUACAUAACGCUGGUCUGGUUGUUCCCGGAGACAAAUAUAGGGAUAUUUAUUAGUACAAAUGGAGGCAUGUUCAAGGAUUACCAGUCCAAAUCGUUGACGACAACCAUGUACUUUCUGGCAGACAUAUUAUUGGACAAAGAACCAUGGCUGAACUCAUCAACUGCCUGCUCCUUCCCCUUACCUUGGAAAGAAGUUAAUGAGACAGAUCCGAGGUUGACGGAAAUUCCUGCUUUUUUACCGGACAUUUCCGAGUAUGCCGGGAUCUACGGAAAUGAGUUUCAACCUGAUUUCAUAUUAACUGUGAGUGGAAGUUCUCAAACGCAGCUUAACUUCGAAUCGGGAAUAAUCGGGGGAAAUCUCUAUUCAACCCAAGACAAAGAACGCUUCUUGAUGGAGAUAACAUACCCAUGGGAAUUUUACGUUCCGCUUACUGACCAUAACAACGUUACGACAAAAACAAACGUAACUUUUGUUCGCGAAGUUGGAACAGUGACAUCAAUGAUACUAAACUUUGGUACCAAUAUUACAUAUACAAAAGAUGUUUCCAUCUUAGAUGUUAUAUCUCGAAACACUAACGGAAGUUGUAGGUUAUUUAGCGCAGCUUGGUUGAUAGUAUAUCUGUUAGCUACGUGCGUUGUAUGGCUAAAAUAUAAUCAACGCAUUUAAAAACACAAACGAUUUAUAGAAACAUGAUAAAUGCGUUGUUGAUGUGCUUUCAACUGUAACGAUACAACACUGCGUCUUGAUAUGAAGAAUCAAUUUAGUUUGCGUUUAAAGCAAGAUCAGCUCUAAAUUGUGACAGUCAAGAAAGAUUUUCAUAGCGAGCUUAUAACUGUCCAAGACUUCAAAAUAAGAAAUUUUAACGGAUUUAUAAUAUUUUUUGGUAUGCAAAGAUAACUUUUGUAUUGAAAAUGGCCGAGAACCGGUCUUCUAAGACAUUUGAACAUGUAUUUCAAGGAAAGAUUGACCAUCCUUUAAUAUAUAAAAACAUAUAUGUCAAACAUAAUAAUUUGUAAUUUCAGUAAACUAAUCAAUUUCA